CACUCGAGUUCGCUUGGAGUGAGGAUGAAGGUGCAGAACAUUCGGACCCUUUCUCUCAUCCUGUGUAUGAUAUCCUACCUGCUUGUGGGAGCCGCGGUGUUCGACGCCCUCGAGUCCGAGACCGAGAGCUCGAAGAAAAAAAUCCUGGAACAAAAGCGCAACGAGCUGAAGAAGAAGUACGGAUUCACUCAGAACGACUACCGGGAGAUCGAGAGAGUGGUUCUACAGUCGGAGCCACAUCGCGCGGGGAGACAGUGGAAAUUUGCGGGAUCUUUUUACUUUGCCAUCACUGUUAUCACAACGAUUGGUUAUGGACAUGCUGCUCCAGGCACAGACUCUGGCAGGACAUUCUGCAUGUUCUAUGCUGUUCUGGGCAUCCCCCUGACGCUGGUCAUGUUUCAGAGCAUGGGGGAGAGGAUCAACACGUUAGUCCGCUACCUCCUCUGCAGGCUCAAGUGCUGCAUGGGAUUACGGUGGACUGACGUGUCCAUGGGGAACAUGGUGCUGGUGGGCCUCCUGUCAUGCAUGAGCACCCUCUGUGUUGGGGCAGCAGCCUUCUCCCACUUUGAGGGCUGGACCUUCUUCCAUGCCUACUACUACUGCUUCAUCACGCUCACCACCAUCGGCUUCGGGGACUUUGUGGCCCUGCAGAAGAAGGAGGCCCUCCAGAGGAGGAUUCCCUAUGUGGCCUUCAGCUUCAUGUACAUCCUGGUGGGGCUGGCUGUGAUCGGGGCUUUCCUGAACCUGGUGGUGCUGCGCUUCCUCACCUACAGCACACAGGAGGGAACCAGGAGCCUGGAGGUGGAGCGAGAGGAGCAGGCAGCAGUGCCUACGAGGCCAUGGGGUGGGAAGGCGGUGGAGGAGGCAGAUGUGGAAGCAUCAGCACGGGACAGAGUUGAUGGGAUGGAGCAGAAAGAAGCUGAGGAUGGGCAUAGUAGCCGCUGCAACUUCUCCCUUUCCAUGGAUGGAGGCACCAGUCGUACCAACCUCAUCCCCUGUCCAUCUGAGGAGCUCAGGGGGACCCCUGGGGUCAGGGAAUCUGCUAAGCACCCUGAGUUCUGCAUCCGCGCCCUCAGCUCCUGUAUGUGCUUCAGGCUGUGUGCCUGUGACAGCCCCUUUCCAUCCCGCUGUGAGCACUCAGGCUGUCACAGCAACCCUCUCUUCUACAACUCCAUCUCCUACAGGGUGGAUGAAGCCUCUUGCAGCUCCAGGGGUACCUCAGCCCAGUCCUCCCCCAGCAGCGGUGCCCUUUUCCUGGGGAUGAGCAGUCCUCACACACGGAGGAAGUCAGUGUAGCUACCUGGAUUGUUGGGAUUGACUCUGGACUGAAGUUGCCUUUGUUCUUAUCUUUUGAUGUGAAUCUCUGAGAGGAUUACAGUGCAGACAGAGAUGCUGCUGAUUCUCUGAAGGUGGAACAAAUGGUUUGUUUUUCCUGUUAAAAAAAAGGUAGCAUUUACAGGUUUCAGGUUGCGCUUCUCUGUUUAUUUUUACAGUCAAAAUGUAGCUUUUACAGAUAUCCUGUUCUGCAUUGUAUUUAGCAAUUGCAUUUUUUUCUAUAGAUAAAGAGAUGAUUUAUACAGGUAAAGAUUGUAUCAAAUUGUGAAAUAAAAAUGUAAUACAUCUUCAA